AUUCUGUUUGGCUACGACUGAACUGAGUGUUCAAAUAUCAUUUCCUCCAUUUUCAAAAACAGGGGUAAUGAUCGCGUUGCUCAACCCCAGAGGAUUUAUAAAAUGAAAGAGAAUUGGCCUGGGAGCCUUGCAAAGGCAAGGUAUCUACUUCAUUUGUUUGUGCCCUUCAGCACCUGACACGGCACCUGGUACCUCUCCAGUGAGUCUGGUCCAGACCAAAUUACUGAAUUCACCUGUUCCACUUGACGUGUAAGGAAACCGAAACCCAGGGAGGGACAGCGACGGGAGAUCAAACAUGGAAAGUGGCCAGUACCUGACCUGUGUUGAGCACCCGAUCCACCCUGGGAACCUCAACCCCCGGAGGAGCCAGCCCAUCAACCUGAACCACUAUGCCACCAAGAAGAGCGUGGCAGAGAGCAUGCUGGACGUGGCCCUCUUCAUGUCCAACGCCACGCGGCUGAAAGCGGUGCUGGAGCAGGGACCGGCCUCCCACUACUACACUGCCCUUGUCACCCUCAUCAGCGUCUCUCUGCUCCUGCAGGUGGUCAUCGGAAUCCUCCUCGUGGUCAUUGCACGGCUGAACCUCAAUGAGGUAGGAAAGCAGGGCCAGCUUAACCAGCUCAACAACACGGCCACCAGCCUGGUCGCCAUCACGAUCGUCAUCAAUGUCUUCAUUACAGCCUUCGGGGUACACAAGACAGGCUCCCUGACUGCCAGGACCUCAAGGAAUCCUCUCUGAACAUAGCCUUGGGACCCAGGUCCUAGGUCUGGAACAGCUUCCGCCUCUCUCCUACCUGCUCUGCUAGGCUGAGGGGCCCUUUCCACAGCCCCUGGGAGAGCUUGAGAAGGGCAAUGGAGAUGCCCUUGCUCCCCACCCAGAGCAUCUGAAUGAAGAUGUGCUAUUUCACUGGUCUGAGUGAAUCCCUUCUUGGGCUGGAGUCCUGAGCUCAGAAUGGGGUACUGCCGACCUUGCUUUCUGGUAGUAUCUCCUGCACCUGAGGCGUGUCUACCUAAGGCCAAGCUCCCCGGCUUCAGGACUUCUAACUCCACCUCAUUCCUUUUCUCCAUCCUAUCCAUUCCCUCUGCUCCAGGCCCAGUUCUCCCCUUUUGUAAAACGGAAUAAUCUCUAUCUAUAAAGUUUUCUGCAAAUGCA